AUGCGCAUGUGUCUGACCUCGGACAUCGGCGGCUACUACAGCGGCGCCAUCCCAGAAGGCCGUGACCAGUUCGGCCUCAAGGGCGACUUUGUCACCUCGCCCGAGAUCUCCCAGGUCUUUGGCGAGCUGAUUGGCAUCUGGUUCGUCACCGAAUGGAUUGCCCAGGGCCGCCCGAGUCGCGGCGUCGAGCUCAUUGAAGUCGGCCCCGGCCGCGGCACUCUGAUGAACGACAUACUCCGCACCAUCCAGAGCUUCCCGGCCAUGGCCGACAGCAUUGACGCCAUCUAUAUGGUCGAGGCUAGUCGUGAGCUUAGAGCCACCCAGAAGAAUCUUUUGUGUGGCGACGACGCCCCCAUGACCGAGUCAAAAGUCGGAUACCACAGCAUCUGCAGGAAUACGUCUCUGCCUAUAGUGUGGACCGAGACUAUCAAGUCCAUUCCCAUCGUCCCCGAGAAGAUGCCCUUCAUCGUGGCGCACGAAUUCUUUGACGCCCUGCCCAUCCACGCCUUCGAGUGCAUCGAGGUGCCACCAAACCAAGACGCCGCCAGGUCAGACGCCGACAAGUCCUCGCCCUCGACGCGGACGACCAAGCCGACACUGCAAUGGCGCGAGAUGCUCGUCUCGCCGACGCCCCCGGGGUCCACGCACGACAGCCUGCGCACCCCGCCAUCGCAGUCGCGCGAGACCCCGCCGCCCGAUUUCCAGCUCACCCUCGCCCAGGCCGCCACACGCCACUCCAUGUACCUGCCCGAGUCGUCGCCGCGGUACCGCGCCAUCAAGUCGCGUACCGGCGUCGGCGCGCUGCUCGAGGUGUGCCCGGACGCCGCCCUAUACGCCUCCGACUUUGCCGCCCGCAUCGGCGGGUCUGCCCAGCACCCCAAAGCCAAGCCCUCGGGCGUCGCCCUCAUCCUCGACUACGGCCCGGGCGACGGCACCGUCCCCACCAACACGCUCCGCGGCAUCCGCCGCCACCGCCGCGUGUCUCCCUUUGCCGAGCCCGGCCUGACGGACCUCAGCGCCGAUGUCGACUUCGCCGCCAUCGCCGAGGCCUCGAUGCGCGCGAGCGAGGGCAUCGAGGUCCACGGCCCCGUCGACCAGGCCGCCUUCCUCGAGGCCAUGGGCAUCCGCGAGCGCGCCGAGAUUCUGAUCAAGUCGCUUGCAGGUGCGGGUGGCAACAGCCCUGACAGCCCCACCGACGACGCCACUGCUGUCGCCGACGAUGCGCGUGAGCAACGCGAGUCAGCGCCCGCCGACAUUGAAAGGGCCUGGAAGCGCCUCAUCGACCGCGGCCCGGGCGGCAUGGGCAAGGUCUACAAGGCACUGGCCAUCCUGCCCGAGAACGACGGCAGGCGCCGCCCCGUCGGCUUUGGCGGUGCCGUGGCUGCCUAG